AUGGAGAUAAGGAAAGAGCAAUUGAAGAAAUUAGCAGGGGACACCUUGGGGCACUUACACAGAAUCUUAGAGAAGCGGCAGAAUGUGGGAGAAACGAUCGAGUUGACUGAAGAUGGUCGAGCGAUCGGAGUGGCAGAGAAAAGGCAGCCCAUUGUGGACUGCACAUGUUUUGGGCUGCCAAAGCGUUAUGUAAUUGCUAUGAUGAGUGGCCUGGGCUUCUGCAUCUCUUUUGGGAUCCGCUGUAAUCUCGGGGUAGCCAUCGUAAGCAUGGUGAACAACAACACGGUCUAUAGCAAAGGGAAACUCAUCAUGGAGAAAGCUAAAUUUAACUGGGAUCCAGAGACGGUGGGAAUGAUUCAUGGAUCCUUCUUCUGGGGGUAUAUUGUUACGCAAAUUCCAGGAGGCUACAUUUCCCAGAAAUUUGCUGCCAACAGAGUGUUUGGCUGGGCGAUCAUGGCGACAUCCUCUCUGAACAUGUUGAUACCGUCAGCAGCCAGAAUCCAUUUCAGCUGUGUUAUAUUAAUCAGGAUUCUCCAAGGUCUGGUCGAGGGGGUUACAUAUCCAGCAUGCCAUGGAAUUUGGAGCAAAUGGGCACCUCCCUUGGAACGAAGCCGGCUCGCUACUACCUCCUUCUGUGGUUCCUAUGCAGGGGCAGUGAUAGCAAUGCCACUGGCAGGGGUCCUUGUCCAGUACUCAGGGUGGUCUUCAGUCUUCUAUGUCUAUGGGAGCUUUGGCAUGGUGUGGUACAUAUUCUGGCUGCUGGUGUCUUAUGAGAGUCCAGCCAAACAUCCAACCAUUACUGAGGAAGAGAAGACCUAUAUAGAGGAAUCUAUUGGAGAAGGCACUAACCUUAUGAACCCUCUUGUGAAAUUCAAGGCGCCCUGGCGCAAGUUUUUCACAUCGAUGCCUGUCUACGCUAUUGUCGUCGCCAACUUCUGCCGCAGUUGGACUUUCUACCUGCUGUUGAUCAGCCAGCCAGCCUACUUUGAGGAAGUGUUUGGAUUCGAGAUCAGCAAGGUCGGCUUGUUGUCUGCUCUCCCCCAUCUCGUCAUGACGAUUAUAGUGCCCAUUGGUGGACAGUUAGCGGACUACCUCCGAGCCAAGAAAAUCAUGUCUACCACCAAUGUCAGGAAGAUGAUGAACUGUGGAGGUUUCGGAAUGGAAGCAACAUUUCUGUUAGUGGUGGGCUUCUCUCACGCAAAAGGAGUGGCCAUUUCUUUUCUCAUCCUUGCUGUUGGCUUCAGUGGGUUCGCAAUUUCAGGUUUCAAUGUUAACCAUCUGGACAUUGCGCCACGUUACGCCAGCAUCUUAAUGGGCUUAUCCAACGGUGUGGGCACUUUAUCCGGGAUGGUGUGCCCCCUAAUUGUGGGAGCGAUGACAAAACACAAGACCCGCGAGGAGUGGCAGUAUGUCUUCCUGAUCGCCUCCCUGGUUCACUACGCCGGGGUGAUAUUCUACGGCAUCUUCGCGUCGGGGGAGAAGCAGCCCUGGGCGGAACCCGAGGAGCUCAGCGAUGAGAAAUGCGGCUUCAUGUACGAAGACGAGCUGGCGGCCGAGGUGGAGGAUGGCUACGGGAGCUACGGUACCACGGGUACCACCAACAUCACCAACGGUGGAUGGACCAGCGAGUGGGAUAAGAAAGAGGAGUUCGUCCAGGAGCAGGGCAAAGAUGCGUACAUGUACGGCAGUGUCCAAGACAGAGACUUAUCCUGA